AUGCAGAGAAACAACGAGAUAUAUAAGAGGCCGUUGCCAGUUCCGUUGGCGCAGCCAUUGCCGCCAUUUUUACCGAGUAACCCUUUAACAUGGGUCCCAUAUGUUUACUCAUGGUUGUUCACGAAGGCUGCAAAAAGAUCGACGUGGAAAGCAGUGCUGAAUGCUGACGGCCUUUGUUCUAUUGUUAAAGACGAGGACGCUAUUCGGAAUCUGUGGUGCAAUGGAUUUUUGGAAAAGGAAAUCUGUCCCGAAGCGAACCAACUUGGCAGAUCCGUACAGAAAGAGCGCUCGCUUCUCAUUGAAAAAGGAGAGCCAAUCCCGCCAGAACUGCAGGAAGAUGCACCUAUGCCUCCGGAACUUACAGUUGAGGAUGGGGAUGCAGAAGAGGAGGUCGAGAAGAAUCCUCUCGGUCUAAAAGAAGUUCCAAAGAUCGAACAUCUGCAACUAACAUUACCGGAAACAUGUUUUUUGGCUUCUUUGGGUGUCUUGAAGGUGGUCCUUCCUCAAACGCAAACGAAGAAGAACUUGGUACAGGUUUGUGCACUUAUUUCUUUAAAGGCAUCCAACCCCGUUCUUUCACAUGAUCGGCUCGAUUUUGAAGGAAUUGUGGAACCAGACAACCAGUUCCUUGUGGAAUUUGCUGCAUACCAGUAUUUUCGUCAACUUGGUUGGGUUGUCAAAAUGGGUACCAAAUUCACAGUUGACUUUUUGUUAUAUAGGCGUGGUCCUGUGUUCACACAUGCGGAGCUCGCUGUAGUUUUGGUUCCUUGUAUUGGAGAUAAGCAAACACGAAACUUUGAAUGGCAUGAAUUGCAUUGUUUGAAUCGUGUUAUUUCUCAGGUACGGAAAACCCUACUUGUUUGUUAUGUCCAAUGCCCAGAACAAGCUGCGUUUGAAAAGGUUUGGGCAAAACGGAAUUCAAUGCCUCAAUGGGAAUGGACAAAGGCCAUCUUACAAAGUUAUUCUGUCCGUUGUGUGAGUCUUCGUAGAUGGGUUCCCCAACGGAAUAGGGAUUAGACUGGCUGACGAAAGCUAAUCCCUCUAAUUGAUUCAUACAUAUUUUUGAUCUAGAACUUAUAGACGUUGAUGAAAGGCAUGCAGUUUCAGGGACUUACUCGUCAUUUGGAUUAACUGAUAACUUUUUGUAAAUUUGGAUGACCGACUUGUACCUACACAUUUUUAUGGUUAGUACAAUAAUUUGAUAAAAAAAAUACCAUUGUUCAACAUCUUUCCGGGCAGAGUUUUUGGUGGUCUCCGAUGCUAAUUCCGAUCGUAUACUAGACGCCUUUUCUUCCAGAUUCUCAUUCGUGGUCUGCAACACGCUGAAUUCUUUUUCCAAAAGUUUCAGUCUAUUUUCUUCUGUCGUUUUUUGUGAUGAGGUGGAGUUGCAGCGUUUUUCCAACUCUUUUAACUCUGUUGAAGCCUGUUCGAUUUUUAAUUCCAGAUCAGAAAGCACCGGCCGCUAUUUAAGUGUAUAAGUUAGAAAAUUAACCAAAAAUAAUGCAUAUGGCUAUUCAUCAAA